AUUACAAGUAUGCCAUAAGUUUUAAAUUAUUACACUAUAAAACAUAUUUGUUUCAAAAAUGUGGAAAAUUUACACCUUUUGUUUACACCUACUGUUGUUUGGCUCCAUCCUAAAGGUAUACUUCAAUUCUACUCUGGUGUCCGGCUUACACCCACAGUUGACAUUGAGAGAGCAGGGGUUAGAGCCGCCUGCGGAUCGGAUAGUUGUUUUUCUCGUCGAUGGAUUACGGGCUAAAUCCUUUUUUGCCAAGAACUGCACCUAUUUCCCCCACUUGCAGAAGCUAUUUGUGGAGCAGGGCUUAGUGGGAGUAGCGCACGUCGCUUUGCCACCUCGAACACGUCCAGGUCAUCUGGCAUUGUUUGGCGGUUUCUACGAAGACCAUUCACAGGUUUUGAUCAAAUUCAAAGAAGCUCCUGGCAGUUUUGACACUGUUUUCAAUCGUAGCCACUCAGCCUACGGCUGGUCUUGUGAUUUCGUUACUAAUUUCUUAUCGAAUUCGCUAAAUGGCGGAUCGCCGUUGAACUUUGAAUCCCAUAAUUUCUGGGAAUUUCAGUUAGGCGGACGGACUAACUGGACGGUUACUAAGGUGCGAUCAUUCUUUAAUAAUAUCGAAAAAGUGAAGCAGUUGCAGAAUGAGAAAUCGGUGGUAUUCUAUGCAUACUUUGGGGAUACCGAUAUGGCUGGUCAUCACCAUAAUGAAUCCUUUUUAGAGGUCCUAGGCAUGACGGAUACGGGUAUCAGUGACAUUUAUGAAAUAUUUGAGAGAAUGUUUCCUGAUGGUCGCACCAGCUAUCUGAUGACCUCGGAUCAUGGCAUGACGGAUUGGGGUUCGCAUGAGGACUCCAGUCCAGAUGAGGCACAAGUGCCAUUUUUUUUCUGGGGCUCUGGCAUUAAACGUGAGGCCCACAACGUUGGCCAAAAGUUUGUGGCCAACAGCGAUGGCUUAGAGCUACCACUGCAUUUUUUGGAUCAGAGAGAGCUGGCCCCGUUGAUGUCGGCACUGAUCGGUCUGCCUCCACCGAUGAAUAAUCAGGCAGUGCUGCCCCUGGGAUAUAUGAACGUCAGUCUGAAAUACGAGGCGUAUGCAGCCUAUUUAAAUGCGUUGCAGCUUUUGUCGCAAGUUGAGCGCAUAAUGGAUAAUCAUCAUGGGGGCAUUUUCAACGAUCUAUUGAGUACUUUCCCGCAUCUGGAUGCCAAACGAAUUAAGCGCUAUCGGGAGCUGAGCGAGCAAUCGCUCAAAACUGGUUGCUAUGUCGAAACCAUGGCCAAAAGUCAGACGAUGGCACGCGUAGCCGUCGAUUGUUUGAAAUACUACUACAAUUUCUACCGACGCCCUCUCAUUGUGGCCAUUGUUUGUAGCUACCUGGGCUGGUUCUACCAUCUGCUGGCGAUGCAGGCGCGCGUCUGCGUUGGCAUUAAGAAGCGAGGGUUCAAGUCCUUGCCCAUUCUAUUGCUUAGUAUCGGUUCUCUGAUAGUUGCGGGUUUCAUAUUUCUGGCACGUAUACCCUACUUGACUGCCUUAUAUUUGCUGUUGCCGUUCAUCGUUUGGAUACUGGCAUUGCGAGAACGGGGCUCUCAUACUGGAGUCUGUGUGGCUCCCUUCCUGCAGAUGCUGUGGAUUGGGGGCUCUGCUGCCAUGAUAGUAUCCACCAUCUACGAAAGUCGGCUCAUCUCAUUGUGGUAUGUGUUGGUUGUGUGUGUUCCGAAUAUGAAAAGUUUUCGACGCCCGUCGAUUAAGCUAUUAACCUGGCUGCUCCUGGUUGGCAUCUUGUCCAUGUUUCCGGUUCUGAUCUCUUCGUUGGGCACUGCUGAUGAUCGUCUGCUGUAUUUUGGCAUGCUGUUGGUCCUGCUGCGUCCACUGGUCCUGGGUCAGCGUCAUGAUUGGUACGUUUGGCUCAUAAACACCGCCGUGCUGCUCAUGGGGGCUUAUGGAGUGUACCUGCACUCCCAUAAUGAGACCAUUUACUAUGGCAUGCAUGUCAUUGCCUGGACCUAUCUAUGCUUUGUCUUCCUGUGCAUUCCAUAUUCCAACUCAAGUGGACCCGGAUCUCGUGUUGAUUUGAUUUUCUUCAGCUUAAGCACGCUUUACUCGCUUCUCUGCCUUUCCAGCGAACUGAUAUUUCUGCAACUGCUCGUCACGGAGUAUUUGGUGGGUCUUAGUCUGCACGCCGAUAGUAAGGAGGGCAAGCAAGUCGUGGAUGACGAGUUGGAAGAGGAGAGAGAAGGGAACAAGCUGGCGAAACUGACGGCUAAAGAUCAUAUACGGAUCGCCUAUCGCCAUGCCUCAACAGUACUUAUCUACGUGUUCUUCUCAUUUUACGGCACCGGAAAUUUGUUCUCGAUGAGCUCUUUUGAGCCGAAAUCAGCACGAAUGUUUCUCAGGGAUUUUACGUUGCACUCCAGUAUUUUUCUGAUCAUCCUUAAGCUCUUCAUACCCAUCAUCAUAUUGUUGGCCUGCAUUCAAGCAUUCAGCGCUUAUGCUCGUCAAUAUUCUAAAUUGGUUCUCAUUUCCAUGUUACUGAUCAGUGAUGUGAUAAUCAUAUAUAUGUUCUUCACGGUGGAGAAUCAGGGACCGUUGCUUACGAUACUUCGAUCUGUCAAUAACCUGAAAAUAUUACACUCCAAUCCGCUGUUGUUGAUUAUGAUGUUCUAUGUGGCCAAGUGGCUGUUGAGCGUCAAACCCCUAAGCUCAUUAAUCAAGUGGGAGGCGGCGAUCCCAGAUAAUAUUGGUACUACUCAGGCAUAAGGAAAUUAAAUUUAUUGUUGCAUACACAUACAUAUAUACACUAGUGUUCGUAUCGAUGAUACUUUAAGUAACAGAAUAAAUUUUAAAUGCAAACUGGCAAGUAAUUAUCAGUUUAAAACAUUUGCUAAACCCUA